AUGCCGGAAAGAAAAUUCUUAAGAGGGGCAUUUGUGCACACCCCCAAGCUAGGGACGGUCGAGAUACUACGAGACUACCUUCUACGAACCGAUGAUAAGGGCUACAUAGACUACUUCGCGGACGCGUCUGCGUCUGCAUCUCAGGAGAUAUUGGCCGGCACACGCCCAACGGUCAUAUCUACGGGCUCGUUCGUGCUUCCGACGUUCUGCGACCUUCACUUGCACGCGCCGCAGUUCCUCUACCAGGGCACGGGACUACACCUUCCGUUGAUGGAGUGGCUGAACGAGUACGCGUUCAAGGCGGAGGAGAGUCUGGAUGCAGACCCCGCGCUUGCAGAACGGGUUUACAAACGUCUCGCAGCCAGGUUGGUUGAACACGGCACAGGAGCCGUACUGCUCUUUGGCACUAUCAAGACUGAAACCAACCUCAUCCUGGCGCGCGUCAUGCAGGACGCGGGCGUGCGCGCGUUCGUCGGCAAGCUCUCCAUGGACAUCUCCUCGCGGCCGUCCUACGUCGAAGCCUCCGCGGACGCUUCCCUUGCUGCUGCGCGUUCUUUCUGCGAGCGCUGCACGGAGUUGUCCGGCGCGCUGCCCACACACGCACGUCUCGUCGAGCCCGUACUCACCCCCCGCUUCGUGCCGACAUGCUCGAAGCCGCUCCUCGCCGGCCUGGGCGAACUCUCCGCGCGGACUGGCGUGCGCAUCCAGAGCCACAUGGCCGAGGCGCACGACCAGGUCCAGCACGUCCUCUCCGCUCACGGCGAGGCGGACAUGCACGUCUUCGCGCAAAGCGCGCUGCUCACGCCGCACACCGUGCAGGCGCACUGCACGUUCCUCGACCCGGUGGACCUGAAGGCGCUCGCGGAGACGGGCGCGGCAGUCGCGCACUGCCCGCUCUCGAACGCGUACUUCUCUGCGGCGCCGUUCCGUCUCCGGGAGGCGUUGGAUGCAGGUGUACGCGUCGGGCUAGGCACAGACAUCGCGGGCGGGUACAGCGUCGACAUCAUGUCUGCGAUGCGCCACGCCGUUGCGGUCUCACGCAUGCGUGAGGGCGUGCGGAUCCUGCAGGCCGACUCUGGGGCAGACCAUGUGCCGGGAGCGGAGGCGGAGGAGAAGCCGGUGUCGGUGGACUGGAGGGAGGCACUUUACCUUGCGACGCGGGGCGGGGCUGUGGCGCUGGGCUUGCCUGAGAGAUGUGGGAUGUUCGCGGUCGGUGCGCCGUUUGAUGCACAAUGCAUUCGACUUUUGGAUGAGGAAACCAAUGAGGGUGUUGGAGCCCUCGAUUUCUUUGACACUAGGGACAGAGUGAGUCCCUGGACUCCGACGUUGGAGUCGGUUGAGAAAUGGUGGUGUGUGGGUGACUCGCGCAACCGAGCGGACGUGUGGGUCCAAGGUGCGCCUGUGUACCCCGCCGAGAAUCGAGCGUAG